AUAGAGGGUCAUUGAUCGGGGUACGGCGAAAGCACGAAGAAAGGGCUGAGAGAGAGUGCACUCAAAUGAAAUCUAGUCAGUCUGCCUACAGACGAGUUUGAGUAGACACAUGAACAAACAUUCAAUCUUGUUGUUAGUCGGUUAUGAGUUGUUUACAAAUACACAAAUCUGUUGCCAGUUAUUACACGAGGAGUGUUUAUGAAUUCUUUCGAUUCAGAUAAAUAUUUAAUAUCACCGAAGCUUGGAAGCUAAAGUGCCAGCAUAAUUAUGUGGAUGGACUGCACGCACAUGAUGUAGUGGUGACCUUCCACCGAUUCUCUAAACGGAACCAAAUGAUGAACUACAGAUGGUAGUGCAACUACACGGAGAUCGAGUUUGAACGACACACCAAGAACAGAACUCAUUUGUCGCGAAGUUUGCGGACUCUGUAUUGCCUCCUUCAUGCGGUGUGUGUGAAGCCACGCCCAUCACAUUGCACCCAAGAUGACAACAUCCAAGAAACCAUCUAGUGCGCCUGCGCGGAUCUCGGCCAAGGAUGAUAUCUGGAAGGACAUCCACGACUGGGCCAAGCCUAGUGGGUCACGUGGGGAGGAGGGGGCGGGGCAUGAAGGCGAGGGGACGGCUAUGAUUGGCUCCCAACUCAAGGAUAACGUAACUGAGCAACGAAUGCUGGAAGGAAGGCUCAUGGAUCUGUCUAAGGAGAGAUACAAGUUUAUCGUUCAGGUGGCGUGGCAAAGAAAGGCCUUUGUAGAUCGACAGAAGGCCAAGACAGGAGUGAUGAAAGACUUAUUGAAUGGGAUCGACACGUCCCAAGUAGCCACCGGUAAAGGGACGAACUAUAACGCCCGUAUGCAUGUACGACAUGAUACCUACAAAACCCUCGCGCUUAAAACUUACGCUGAGGGACACAAAAGUAACUACUCAACAUCGCCUCAGUCUCAGAAGGAAGAGUAUUCUGAAGACGGUUUACUGGAGAUGAAGCCAAUCUUCCCUAAUCCUACUCAUCCCAUAUUCAAGACAGAAAUCCCUUCAUCAUCAGGCAGUCAGCGGUUCAACCAAGCACGACACAUGAUGCUGGACCGACGGAAAGCUGGCGGUGUUAGCUUCCCGUCCCUCGAUGCAAACACCGGUGGCGGAGGAAGUCGUGUGCCGGUCCGUGGUACGCGAAGCCAUGGAUUGAUUACGCAACGUCAGAGUAUGCCGGCCACUUUCCUCCGCAGAGAUGUUCACAAGAUGACUGCGCAACUUGGAGACUUACGAGAGACCAAAUCAGCGAGUAGUAUACCCAAGUAUCUUAAAUACAGAGCCGUGUAUGACGGUCGGUUUAACCGACUAGAGAAGGUACUGUGUAAGCCAUACACGGGAGCUGAGAUGGAUAGUAUGAGGAGUUUAUUGAGGACCUUACCCCCUGCUCCCUCACCCUCCCCAGCACCUACUGGCGAAACAUAAAUCAGGGAGGGGUGCUUAAACACAUGGAGUGAAGGGUGCUUAAACACAUGGAGUGAAGCAGGGUAUUUGUUUUCAGGAAUUAAUGGAAUAGCUAUCAACAAAUAAUGACAUGCAGUUAAAAUACGUGUAAUUGCCAAAUUUAUUAGGUCUCUUCAGAGGGAAAUUACAUCACAUCAGCUUUCAAUAUUAAAAUAGACACUGCAAUAUGGGUAACUCUAUUGUUUGGACCCUAACAGUCCUGAAUCUUUUAUUUUUUAAUUGUGUGUUAGUCUUGGACACCUUGCAGUGGUCAGCUUAGACGCAGUAAUAUUGCAAACGAACGAAGCAACACAAUAAUUAUUACACAUUCAAUAUCGUGCAUCACUCUCAAUUACUUUGAUUUUUUUUAAUAGAUUUUUAAAUACCACAGUGAGAAACUAGGAAAGCGGAAAGAAAAGUACGUUUUCUACAUAAUUGUAUUUUAAUAUAUGCUAAUUUGUUUGCCAAUGUAUGUAAAUACGACUCUGACUGCAUGAACGACGCACUUUAUGGUUGUCAACAACACUAUUAUCCAUAUAUUAUGAUUAACGUUAUUCAUUUCAAUGCGAUGAGUUUGGGUUAAAAUCCCUCUAAUUCAAGUUAAUAAAAUACAACUAGACAUUUAAACAUUGAUCAUUACAAAUCACGUGUUCUUAACCAUUAACGCGGUACAGUAUUACAUUACGCUACAUGCGGCUACAUAUCCUCACCAUGACAACAAGACGCUGAUGUUUCAACGUGACGUAUUUUGCACUGACGGUCAUGAUUAAUAUAUACAGCUUGAUGGGAUGAUUCUAAUAUUUAAUUUAACAAGGUUAAACAUCGUGAACACAUUCUGUCUGCAUCCAUUAUGGCUACAUUUAUUAUGCCAGUUUAGUAAUAUGAAGAGUUUCUUUCCAAAACGCGACAUAUCCAUUUG